AUCCGUAACUAUAAAUACUGCAUGAAGUUUCGAACCGGGCAAGGGCUCUCUAGUCUUACCAUCGACUCUGGACUCAAAUUUCGGCGCUUCGGCACCUCGACGUUCCGGUUGCCAUGGAAAAGCCCCCAUCUCGGCUACAGUUUCAUGUCACCGAUUGCAGAGGCACCCACAUUAUCGGCAAGAUUAAGGAUUUUCUCUUCUCUCAGGCUUCCGCAAUUAAUCCUUCCAUCAUCGAACGUCGAAUUCAAAAGCUUUUCCCCUCCUUCGAAACCCCAACUCACCCGCCGUACGCCUUGAUGAUACAGAAGGCAGUGAAGGAGUUGAAUGAAAGAAAUGGAUCGACUGAGGAGGCUAUCUCGGAGUUUAUCAAAAAUGAGUUUCAAGAUUUGCCCUGGGCUCAUACGAGGAUUCUUGGUCUUCAUUUGGGAAAGCUUUGCCAGGCUAAGGAGCUUUUGCGCGCAGAGAGUGGUAGAUAUAUGCUUAUGACUGAUGACUAUAAGUUUGAUGGGACGAAGGAGAAGGGAUGGAGGGGUAGCAAAAGGAGAAAGAAAAGCAAAAGGGGAAGAAACCACGGAGGUGGAGAGACACUGGAAAGAAGUGAAGGUGCAAAGAGAUGUAACGAGUUGCAAGAGCGCGAAAAUGAGGGACAAAAUCAUCUUUCUGAGUUACAUGGUACAAGGACUAGUGAGCUAAUUGAGGAACAGGGAAAGUCUGAAAUAAGGCAACUUGGGGUGCCUGAAGAGGGCCAUGGGCCGGUGGUUCAGGGACAAGGUAAAGCAGAAACGCGACAAAAUGAAAAUGCCGACGAACGAAUUCAGGAGGCAAUCAUGGAGUUGAACAAUAAAAUCGGCUCAAGUGAAAUAAUGAAUAUGGAGCCUCAUAUGGUGGAAAAACAGAAUUCUAUGGUCAUCAAGGAACACGUUCAAUUUGAGAAACCGCCAGAUAAUUUGUUGGCCGUGACAGACAAUCAAACACUCAUACAACAAAUUGAGGGCACAACUGAGAUAUCAAGAUUCUGUUCAUAUGAAAUCAGUAAUAAUGAAAACUUGAGUACUUCACUUGGUAGUCCUACUGUUGCAGAAAAUCAAUGUGAGAAACAGCCGGGUAAUUUGUUGGCCAUGGCAGAAAAUCAAACUCUUGCACAGCCAAUUGAGGCCACAACUGAGAUAUCAAGGUUCUGUUCAGAUGAAAUCAGUAAUAAUAAAAACUUGAGUGCUUCACUUGAUAGUCCUACUGAUGCAGAAAAUCAACGUGAGAAACAGCCGUAUAAUUUGUUGGCCGUGGUAGAAAAUCAGACACUUACAAAACAAAUUGAGGCCACAACUGAUAUAUCAAGAUUCUAUUCAGAUGAAAUCAGUGAUGAUGAAUACUUGAGUGCUUUACUUGGUAGUCCCACUGUGUCAGUUAUUCCAAAGGAGAAAUUGCAAAUUUCACGGCAAGAACAGGAUCAGAAUGAGACGCCCUCCAUCCAGCAGAAAUUCUCUGGUGCCUGUGAAUUGCUUGUGGAUCAGGAGGGGCCUGUACUUUAUUGGGAAACUAUUUGUUCAUCCCAGCCCACAGCACCAGACCUUCCAGUUGAUCUGACUUCCGACUCCCAGAAUUGUCUGUCAGUUCCUAUUUCUACCGAGUUCUUUGAGCACACACCACCAGAAGGGAUAGAAUUAACCCAUACACAAUUGCUGGUUCAAGCCUCAAUGUGUGGAAUUCCGGAGACUGAUUUGUGCCCAACAACCAAAACGUUAGCUUCUAUGAUUGUUCAUGAGCACAAACAACCACAGGAUGAUAUACUAGGAAGUCCUGAAGGGAGGGUGGAUGAGAAUACAACUUUUGGGGACCUGGAGAAGCACAUGCUAAGGCCUCAAUGCAGUGAGAGACAGCCUAAUCAGGAGACUAUUGCAGGCUAUCCAGAGGUGUCAUUGUUGCCCUCAGACAGUUGCAUUGUUGACAAGCAAAUGCCUAGGUAUUACGAUAUUAAAAGGAAGCCGCAGUUACAGCCUCAAGGUCAAGGUAGAGGGCGCGGUCGUGGAAUGUCUCCCAACCUAGACAGAAAUCUUUAUCAACACAAGGAGCAGUUACAACUCCAGGACCAAGCUCUCGCUUCAGUGAGCUUUCCUAGUUUAGAACCAAAUGAACCAAUUUACUCAUUACUUUCUCCAAACCUUCCUGCUUCUUUUAACCAGCAGCAGUUAGUUGAUCCAAUUUCUGAAGAGAGCCCAGGUUGCCUAAAGAGAGAAAUAUCACAACUACAGUUGGAACUGCAAAUGUCAUGGCAUAGACUUGUAUACGGAGAUUUGGGCGCAAUGGGUACAGCACCCAAAAUGGAAUAUUCAUUGUCUUCUCUGAGUGAUUCAGAAGAUAAUCCGCUGCAGCAUGGGAAUAAAAGAGGUCGUAAGCGAAGGUUGAAUUUAGAUGGACAAACAGAAUUUGGACAUCUUGAGCAGCAGUUGCCAAAGCGAAGACGUAGAGGGAGGCCUCCUAAUCCAGUGCCUACCAAAGACUAAUCAUGGGUGCCAGUGGUGUCCUCAAACACUCGCAUUCAUUGUGACAAAAACCCAAAUUCCUACAACAUUGUGAAGCACAGGCAGCUGCAAUCCCCAGGGAAUAGGGAUAAGGCGAGGCCUGCUAAACAAGGUUGUAUUCAACGCCGUUAUGAGUUCUGGCCAUAAGGCCAAGCUCAAGUUCAGGUGCAUUCUCCUUAUUUGCCAGAUUAUGAUAAUGGAAGUUGGGGGCAGACACACUGGAUGCGUCCUAAACUAAAGUCAGAUGCGGAUGGAAGCUGUCAGCAGCAUAUGCUAUUGCCACGUAGUAGCAGUCAAGUUCGGGGUAAGCGCGAGCUGCUGCGGCUGAAUAUGUCUAAUGCACACCAAAGCAAUCAGCAGCUAUCUAUAGAAACAUGUCAGAGUCAAGGUAAACGCUUGUUGAGGUCCAGUUUGACUAAAUCAAGCUGAUGUGCAAGCUAACCCUCUAACCGUGUAAGAGGAAAGAACAAUCAUGUUAUUUGUAACGCUUUCUUACCGUGGAAUCUCAAAGUUUGAGAUGCGCCUUAUUAAUUAUUAUAUUAGUUCAUGUAUAACGUUCAUGAUUUGAUAAGGAUUCUUGUAUUCUACUCCUCUUGCUGAUCUUCCUUUUGUGAA